AUGGCAUCCUUAGCCAUCGCCCUCCGCCUGCCCCUCCUCCUCUUCCGCAAACCCUCCAAGGGGCGCAAAUCCUCCACCAAGCCCACCGACCAAGAUGCAGAUGCCACACCCCAGCGCCUGCUCACCUACAACGAGCUCCCAGACUGGUACCGCGCCGAAGCCUCCCCCUUCAUAACAUCGCACUACCGACCCCCCUCCCACAGCAUACACAAAAGCCUGCAGAGUCUGGGACGUCUGCACAACGAAACGACGAAUAUAUACACGCAUCUUAUACCCGCGGUGGUACUCGCCCUUGCGCUUCCGCUACUGCAGCUUAAUAUUUCAGAUAUCUAUGCGGAUGCUCCAUGGAUGGACCGCUUCAUGCUCGCCCUCACGCCCCUCACCGCGCUCUUCACUUUCUCCGCCUCCGCAAACUUCCACACGCUGUGCAACCACUCCGAAGUCGUCUCCCUGUCGUGCCUCCUGCUGGACUUCACAGGCAUUUUGACGUUGAUCCUCGCGAGUUUUAUAUCAGCGAUAUAUGUCGGCUUUUAUAAUCAUCCGUUUGAGCAGAGGCUGUAUUGGAGUAUGAUCACCGUGUUGAUAGCCACGAGUGCGGUACUCGUCCUGCAUCCCGCGCUGCAGGGCAUGAAGUACCGGCCUCACCGCACCGCCGCCUUCGUCCUAACCACGCUAUCCGGCCUCGGUCCCACGUUCCACGGGAUGUACGUGCACGGCGUGAGUCGGGGGUGGCAUGAGUGCGGUGUGAAGUGGUGGGCUGCAGAGGGGCUGUGGUACUUGCUCGGCGUGGGGUUUUUCGUGUCGCGGUGGCCGGAACGGCUCGCCUGGCGGGGCUCGAAGACUCGGGGCCGCUUCGACGUGUGGGGCGGGAGUCACAGUUUAUUUCACACCCGGCGUGAUAACGCACCGCCGUCCAAUCAUGACUACACGCCGGUCCACAUUCUCGACAACAGGAAAACCGUACGGGUUUACUUCAUGAAGGCAUCGUAA